CGUACAACACCGGGGGUUCCAGGGAUCAGGCAUGAGUGACAGAGCUCUCCUCUGGGGAAGCGGAGCGACUCAAAACUGCAAGGCUCGCGGCUGACAGUACAAGCAACUUUUAGCAUGCAAUAGGCUGUUUGGCACGUGCCCCGCCCCCUCCCAAAUCCAUUUUCCCCAUCCGUUUGGAGAAAUUUUGUUGCUUAAACAAUACACAGGCUUUUUUGAACAAUGACUUCUUACAACGUGUCACUCGCUGGACCUUCUCCUUGGGGCUUCCGGUUGCAAGGAGGCAAGGACUUCAACAUGCCCCUCACCGUUUCUAGGAUUACACCAGGGAGCAAGGCCGCCUCCAGCAACCUGAUUCAGGGUGACAUCAUCGUGGCCAUUGAUGGGGUCAGCACAGAGGGGAUGACACACCUGGAGGCCCAAAACAAGAUCAAAUCUUCCAACUUCAAUCUGGCCCUCACCAUGCAAAGGUCAAAGCGACCCAUCCCUGUUACCAUGACAACAUCAAGGAUUGACUCCCCCAUGACUGUGAUCCCCCAUCAGAAGGUUAUUACCAACACUCCUGCCAACAAUGAGUACCUGUCCAGCUUCAACCCUAUAGCUCUGAAGGACUCUGCCCUCUCCACCAAUAAGCCCAUUGAGGUGAAGGGGCCUGGAGGCAAGGCCACCAUCAUCCAUGCCCAGUACAACACCCCCAUCAGCAUGUACUCCCAGGAUGCUAUUAUGGAUGCCAUAGCUGGCCAGUCCCAGGCCAGGGGUAGCGAGAUGUCCGGUAAUCUGCCAGUUAAAGACCAUGUUAUAGACAGUGCUUCCCCAGUGUAUCAGGCUGUCAUUCCCAGUGAAAACAAUGAACUGGGGCCAUCUGAAUGGACUAAAAGAGCCGCCCAGCUGCAGUCCAAGUCCUUCCGCUACCUCGCCCACAUUACUGGAACUGAAUACAUGCAAGACCCUGAUGAGGAAGCUCUGAGAAAAUCAAGGGAAUUGUUUGAAUGUGAAUCCAAAGGCCCUCGUUUCGCCAAACUGAAAAACUGGCACCAUGGCCUGUCGGCACAAAUACUUAAUGUGCCUCAGUUUCUGACAUCACUGCAACCUAACCUUGUAUCUAGUACUCCUGCUGAGCAUGCUCCAGUUUCCACCAGCAUUGCAUCCAUAUGUGCACCUACUAUUUCUGCUUCGCCCAAUGAGCUCCUUUCGGAGCCGCUGAUAGUCAAUCAGGUGCCUGAGAUUCCCGAGCAAACCACUGUAAGCAGCUUCAGCUUGCAGACCUCUAUGGGUUACACUUCUCAGUACCAAACCUCCAUCUCCAGUCCUUACGCCCAGCCUCCACCUAUGCAGCAGCCAUCACCCAUGCAGCACAGCUCCAUACAGAUCCCUGUAGGUCCGCCUCCACCUAAAGUGGUCACCACUGCCACCAUUAUGCCCACAGCAUAUCCAUCUGCCCCAGCACCAGCUCCUCCAAUGGCUUAUAAACCUGCUCCACCUCCACCAGCAUCUUCCAACAGGCCUCCUUGGGUCACUGAUGACAACUUUGCCCAGAAAUUUGACCCUAGCAAACCCACCACCACCACAAAUAUCAAAGUGCAGCCUCUUCCUCAGGCGGCACCACCACCACCAGCCUUCAUCCCCAACCCCGCCCCUGCUCCCGCUCCUGCUGCAUUCAACCCUUCCCCUGCUCCGUUCAGCCCCGCGGCCUUCCCACCUGUGGCUCGUGGAGUCGCUCAAAGAGCAGAGCGGUUUGCAGCCAGCAACAGAACACCUCUGUGUGGAUCAUGCAACAACAUCAUCAGGGGACCAUUCCUGGUGGCAUUGGGUCGUUCCUGGCAUCCAGAGGAGUUCAACUGCCAUUAUUGCCACACAUCUCUGGCUGAUGUCAGCUUUGUGGAGGAGCAGAAUAAUGUUUACUGUGAGAACUGCUAUGGGGAGUUCUUUGCACCCACCUGUGCCCGCUGCAACACCAAGAUCAUGGGAGAAGUGAUGCAUGCACUGCGGCAGACCUGGCACACCACUUGCUUUGUGUGCGCGGCUUGUGGAAAGCCCUUUGGAAACAGCCUCUUCCAUAUGGAGGAUGGUGAGCCGUAUUGUGAGAAAGAUUAUAUCUCACUCUUCAGCACAAAGUGCCAUGGCUGUGACUUCCCUGUUGAGGCAGGAGACAAAUUUAUUGAAGCUCUUGGCCACACAUGGCAUGAUACCUGCUUUGUUUGUGCGGUGUGCCACGUGAACCUGGAAGGACAACCUUUCUACUCCAAGAAGGACAAGCCCUUAUGCAAGAAACAUGCACAUGCCAUCAAUGUGUAGAUGCUUCAACAGUGCAUUAGAAGCUGUAAGGGAAGGAACUAAAUGCAAUUAAUGUUCCAUCUGCAUUUGUGGUUUUAUGGCAAGACAUUGGUGCCAAUUCAAAUGACACAAAACUAAUAUAAAGACAUACAGUACAUCAUUUAUUAAACAACAUAAUAAGCGAUGACUGAAUGAAACGUAAACUAAGUGUUUUGACAUUUUUGCCAAAUCCAAAUCAAAUGUGCACAUAGAGUAUUGGUUAUUUUAGGUCCUUCUUUUAUUCGUUUAUUAUAGCUCUAUACAUUUGCAUACAUGCACUUGUAUGCCCGAUAUACAAUAAUUUAAGAGAUAUGACAUCUUCACUUUUUUGAUUUAGUGAAUUUAUACAACAUACAAUUUUUAUGCUAUUAAUGACUAAAACCUUGUUUUGAAAUGAAUAGGUUAUUAACGGAUGUUGAAGAUUGCCUGCAAAUGUAUCAUUAUAAACCAGAAACAGCCUGGAAAAAAGUCUAUGCAUUCUAUUAUGCCUUAAACUCUAAAAGUAAACUUAAAUGUGUGUGACUUACUGUAAAUGGUGUAAAGAUCCCAGACUUUGCAAAUUGAUCAAAAAAAGAUGUUUAAUAGAUUGAGAACGAAUGUUGUUGUGCAGUCUUUUCAAUGCUGAAUGGGUGAUUUAUGUUUUACUCAUUUUGUUUAUUAUGCAUUUGUGAUGUCAACAUUAGCAUUAUGUUUUUUCAUCAACAAUUUUUAAGAAAAUGCUGUAUGCAGGACAUCUGAAAAGGUAACACAGAAUCUAUGGUAAUUCAUCAGUUGUUUCCCUCACAGUAUGUGCUGUAUAAUGUAACAAGAGUAUUUUAAACUAUUCAUGUUUGGCCUUUUCACCUAUGAUGUUUUUUUCCGGUUAUUUAUUGCGUGCGUAAGCUCAAUAUUUACAUAAUCUUUACACAUAAUUUACUUGUUUUCUUUGCCAAGAAUGGGGGUUCUUAAUUUAAUUUAAUAUAAUUUAAUUAAUAAUUUAAUUAAAACAGAACCAUAUACACAGAGAUUUCAAGUAAAUGAAUUUGUUACUUUAAAUGAAUAACAAAUGUGGUACCUGAGACUUUGUUCUUUUUAUUCUCUGUGCAACUGUAGGGUUACAGAACAGUUUUUGUUUCACGCCACAUGCCUAUUAAAGAACAUCAAGGUCAAAUUAUGAGAUUGCAAUUGCAGACACAUGUUUUCCUAAAUGCGGGGUGAUAUUGAACAUUAAUGCAAUUCACUUUAACAAGAUUGAGCAAGAUUUAAGAUUGUGUCAUUGAUGUGUCAGUAUAUUUUCACUGCCAUUUAUUAAUCUAAGUUAACCUAACCCACCACAUCACCUCAGUUAAGAUGUGUUCUGGAUGCUUUUGAUUUUGGCUUUUUUUUUCUUUUGAAUAUUAACACAAACAAUGGUUUUGCAUUUCAUAAUUGCCUCUCUUAAAUUGAAUAAAUCGUUAGCUUCUUUUUUUACACAACAUUAGUAAGUUAUUUAAAAUUACAUUUGUAGCAGUGUUGGGUUCAGGAGUGGGUAUCGUUUUAGCCUUUUUCAAGAACAGAUGUUUUGAAUGUAACUAUUAAAUGUAAAUCAGUCAUGUUACACAUAAUGUAUUAUUACUAUUUGUCAUCUGCUAUAUCUGCAGUUCACUUGGGAAUUACAGGGAGAAAAAAGAGUGAUUCAUAAUUUAAUACAUUUGCAGUGUUACUGCAACAAGAAAAACAAACAUAUACAGUAUGUUAUACGUGACACUCAUGUUCUCAAGUGUCUUCAAUGCAGUCUUCUGUUGAAUAAUACAAUGUUUGUAUGAGAGUUCAGACUGAGAUGCGGCUCUAUGGAUUACUCAUUUACUUUAUGUAGUACUUAAUGGGUAUGUGUUUUUCAAGAUAACUAGUACUAGUAAUGGUGCUCUCUUUUUUUGUAUUCUGAAAUGAUGUUGUGGAAACAGCCUUACUUUGUACAUUAUUUAAAUGUAAAACAAACCAACACAAAAAUCCACCUGUAUCUUCACUGACAUGUUAAUCAUGACUAAAAAUAUUAAGUUGCUUUAUAAACUGAAAAUAGCUCAUAACACAAAAUUUGAUGGACACUUUUCUUGAUGUAUGAUUAAAUAAAACCAUACUGCAGACUG